UCUUUCCAACAACCCUUCUACUACUUUACCCACUACCCAACCAACACCCAACACUUAUUCACAAUGUCUUCUGGUGGCAAAGGCAAGGCUUCUUCCGAGACCAAGUCCUCUUCCCGAUCUUCCAAGGCCGGUCUUCAGUUCCCCGUCGGUCGUAUCCACCGUCUUUUGAAGAAGGGUAACUACGCCCAGCGAAUCGGUUCCGGUGCUCCCGUCUACCUCGCUGCCGUCCUUGAGUACCUUGCCGCUGAAAUCCUCGAGUUGGCCGGUAACGCUGCCCGAGACAACAAGAAGUCCCGUAUCGUCCCCCGACACCUUCAGCUUGCCGUCCGAAACGACGAAGAGCUCAACAAGCUCCUCGGAUCUGUUGUCAUCUCUCAGGGUGGUGUCCUUCCCCACAUUAUGGCCGAGCUCCUUCCCGUCAAGACCAAGGGCAAGGCCAAGGCUUCUCAGGAGGUGUAAGGGGGUUGCUUCUUGUAGUGUUAGCUUUUUAUACUUCGUUUUCGCUAUACUUCUUUGACUCUGCGACGAUGCAGUGAUGUUCCACAUACAUU